UCAUCGCGCCACAGAGAGGAAAAACAGAGAAGAAAAUAUUGAUGAAUUGACGAUGAGAAUCAACAGCUCUCCAAGAUGGGCAUAUUUUUUGCAGUGCGGCUAAUGCUGAAGUCAUUCUCCGUCUCAUACAACAGCAGCCAAGGACACGAGAGCAUCAGCAGAGAGAGGGGGAAGAGGAGAGAGAAAGGUGCUUCCUCUCGCCAUUGCGAUCACCGUCUAUCUGCUGUACCGAUGUUGGUGUAAAAAGCUGCUCACACAGGAGGCGAAAGGAGAGGCAAAGGAGCGGGGAAUUUAACUUCACACACGGACAAACCUAUGCUUGGAUUUCGGCUUUUUCCCCUUCGCCAAUGCUAAAGGAAAUAUGCAGCGAAGCCUCACCAUCCUCUACACCAGUUUACUGGGGAUAUGCUUGGGUUCAAGCUCAAGUUUUCCAAGUAACAUCAAUAUAGGAGGAUUGUUCCCAACAGAAUCUCACGAAUAUGAGGUUUUUCGUUUCGCCCUCUCACACCACCAGGACAUCCCCAAACUGGUGCCGCAGGUGGAUAUGGUCAAAAUGGGGAAUAGCUUUUCCAUGACAUAUGCCUUUUGCUCCCAGUUCUCCAAAGGUGUGUAUGCCAUCAUUGGCCUGUAUGACCGGAAGACGGUCAACAUGCUCAUGUCCUUCUGUGGAGCGCUGCAUGUCUGCUUCGUCACACCUUCCUUCCCCAUCGAGACGGCCAACCAGUUCGUCAUCCAGCUGAGGCCCGAGCUGCAGGAUGCUCUGGUGGGAGUGAUCGACCACUACGGGUGGACCAAGUUUGUCUACAUGUACAGUUCUGACUCAGGCCUUUCGGUGCUGCAGAAGGUUCUGGACACAGCAGCCGAGAGGAACUGGCUGGUGACCUCAGUCAAUGUGGAAACCAUGACAGAGGCCUCCUUUUUGAAAGUGUUCCAGGACCUGGAUAAGAGGAAGGAGGGCCAGAUUAUCAUCGACUGUGAGACUGAGAGGCUCACCGGCAUCCUUAAAAAGAUUGUUGAACAAGGCAAGAAUGCAAAGAGCUACCACUACAUCCUGGCUAACCUGGGUUUCCUGGACAUUGACCUAACAGAUCUGAGGAAAGGAGGGGCGAACAUUACUGGCUUCCAGCUCGUCAACAACUCCGAGCCUGUUGUCAGCCGUGUCGUCCAGCAGUGGCUCGAGUUCGACAACAAAGAUUCCAAAGUGCCCAAAAGUGGACUUAAAUACACAGGCGCUCUAACAUAUGAUGGGGUGAAAGUCAUGUCAACAGCUUUCCAGAAUCUGAGGAGACAGAGGAUAGACAUAUCUCGCAGGGGCAACGCUGGAGAAUGUCUUGCCAACCCACCGGCUCCCUGGGGACAGGGCAUCGACAUCCAGAGAGCCCUGCAGCAGGUCCGUAUAGAUGGGUUGACUGGCCACAUUCAGUUCAACGAGAAAGGCCGCCGAACAAACUACACUGUAAGCAUCAUGGAGCUGGCCCCCUCCGGACCCAAGAAGGUCGGUUACUGGAACGAAGAUGAGAAGUACGUGACUACAGCCAGCUUCGUGAGAGGCAGCAACGAGACCUACGGCCUGCAGAACAGGACUUACAUCGUCACCACCAUCCUGGAAUCUCCAUACGUGAUGCUGAAGAAGAACCAUGAGCAGCUUGUGGGAAACGAUAAGUACGAGGGCUACAUCGUGGAGCUGGCUGCAGAGAUAGCCAAACAUGUGAGCUACCAGUACAAGCUGAAGGUCGUAUCAGAUGGCAAAUAUGGAGCCAGAGAUCCUGAAACCAAGAUGUGGAACGGCAUGGUGGGAGAGCUGGUGUACGGGAAAGCAGACGUGGCUGUGGCUCCUCUGACCAUCACCCUGGUCCGUGAAGAAGUGAUCGACUUCUCCAAGCCCUUCAUGUCCCUGGGUAUCUCCAUCAUGAUCAAGAAACCCACCAAAUCCAAACCUGGCGUCUUUUCCUUCUUGGACCCCCUGGCUUACGAGAUCUGGAUGUGCAUCGUGUUCGCCUACAUCGGCGUCAGUGUCGUCCUGUUCCUGGUCAGUCGGUUCAGCCCAUAUGAGUGGCAUGCAGAGGACUACGAGGAGGGGGGCGAGCCGCAGACACCCACCCAGGCUUCAGCCUCCAACGGGGUGCAACAGGGCCAGACUCAAACACAGCAGAACACCAAUCAGCAGAGUCAAGAGCAGACCAAUGAGUUUGGCAUCUUCAACUCCCUUUGGUUCUCGUUGGGCGCCUUCAUGCAGCAGGGCUGUGACAUCUCACCACGAUCUCUGUCUGGCCGAAUCGUUGGAGGCGUCUGGUGGUUCUUCACCCUCAUCAUCAUCUCAUCCUAUACUGCCAACCUGGCUGCCUUCCUGACCGUGGAGAGGAUGGUGUCUCCCAUCGAGAGUGCUGAAGAUUUGGCCAAGCAGACUGAGAUCGCCUAUGGGACACUGGACGCCGGCUCGACCAAAGAAUUCUUUAGGAGGUCUAAGAUCGCUGUGUUCGAGAAGAUGUGGUCCUACAUGAAGGCGGCCGACCCGUCUGUGUUUGUGAAGACCACGGACGAGGGCGUGAUGCGAGUCAGGAAGUCUAAAGGGAAGUAUGCCUACCUGCUGGAGUCCACCAUGAACGAGUACAUCGAGCAGAGGAAACCCUGCGACACCAUGAAGGUGGGAGGAAACCUCGACUCCAAAGGUUACGGCAUCGCCACACCCAAGGGCUCCCCCCUCAGAAACCCAGUUAACCUGGCAGUGUUAAAACUGAACGAGCAGGGCCUCUUGGACAAAUUGAAAAACAAGUGGUGGUACGACAAGGGAGAGUGCGGCAGCGGGGGCGGGGACUCCAAGGACAAGACGAGCGCUCUGAGCCUCAGCAACGUGGCGGGCGUCUUCUACAUCCUGAUCGGCGGCCUGGGCCUGGCCAUGCUGGUGGCGCUGGUGGAGUUCUGCUACAAGUCCCGGACCGAGUCGCGCCGAAUGAAGCAAUCCAUCAACGACGCCAUGCACUGCUCCACCCUGACCCGAAUGAGUGGCAACGGGAACGGCGGAGAGAACGGACGAAUCCUCACCCACGACUUCCCCAAGACGGUUCAGACGCUGCCCUGCAUGAGCCACACCGCCAGCAUGGGACUGGGGGCCUCUGGCAUGUGAUCUAUCAUGUGACUGUGCUGGCGGCGAUGGUAUAAUCGGCAGGGUGGGGCAGGAAAAAAAAGAGCGCAAGUGACUCUUAAAUGACCUCACACAUCAUCAUGGCUGUCCGGUUUGACCCAUCUCUCUUCUCCUGGCUGUCGAGGGCGCCCAACUUGAACAAGACUUAAUUUACUGCCAAAAUGCACUCUCUAAAAGCUCCGCAAACAACAAAACGGAGACGCGCAAACGUUUUUUUUUUACUCAAAGGAUGGAAAAAAAAAGAGAUAUUGAGGAAAAAAAAGGAGGGAAUGUGCUGCAAUAAAGAAGCCGUCAACGGGCGUGUUUUUGAAUUUUUUACAGUGUUCAUUUGUGUGUGGGGAAAAAAAAGAACUCUAUUCUUCAGUGUGACACCUGCGCUGCGCCAUUUUCCACGGAGCUGUUGACAUUAGUCUGCGUGUGCAAUAUCUUCUCCUUCACUGCUGAUUAUGUACUACCUAGAUGCUUCUGAAGGCCGAGGGGGGGCGUGUCUUUGCACAGAUGCGGCUGAGGAGGACAAACACACAGGACUGCUACCAUGAUUUGAUAUUGUUUUGGUACAAUUCCUGCUCUCUCUUUCACUCCCACAUUUAUCCACCAUUUUGGAAGGACAGAGUUCUCUGUGUAGCAUAGACGGUUUUUAUGAAUAGUUCAUAGUCUACACUGUUUUCAUAGAGCUUUGUCAAAAGUACUUUGAUUUGUUUUUUUCCCUGGAUUGAAGGCUGUUUUAAUCAGUGGUUGAACAGACAAACGUGCAUUGCUGCUACACCUCAUUCAACACACCAUGCCUUGUCUUUGUGCCAUACGACCAUUCUCACAAACACACACACACACUACACACUUGUUGAUGCUGGGUCAGAAGUUUGAAAACCAGAUCCAUGCAUAGUUUAAGUAAUUGAUUUGAGGGCAGAGUCAGAGAUGCCCGCUCUAAUCUGUGUGAGGCUCGACUACACACCGACACAUUAUGUACAGUACUGAGUGACCUUACACUGUAUUCUACUGUUGUGACAUUCAUAGCAUAUCCAUUUAUAUACGACGGAGUCUAUUUGCAGCACGUGCUUAAGAAAAAAGACGGAAUCGUUCGGAUACAGUCUGGAGGAACUCUCUUUCAAUCUUUUGUCAGAGCUGUAGCUCCUGUGCUCUAUUUUCAGCUGUGCUCAGUUUGAAUGAAACAAGACAACGCAGCUAUUGCUCUCAGUUCAUUGAGAGUGGCAUAUUCCCUGCAGAUCGUGUGUGGCCUAUAAAAGGAAAGUUGACCUCCUCUUGGUGAUGCUCGCGAGCUUAGGGAAGAAGGUGGAGUCGGAGGACUCGGUGUGACUGACAGAUUCACACCCACUAUCUUCUGUGUUUAUUGGAAGUCAAGGUUGCGGUUGUCCUUGCACAAAGCAGCUGUGGACUUCUCCCUUUCUAGGUCAUGGAAAUCAGAGAGGCAGGCCUUGGACAGGAGAGGGCAGACAGUCUGGGUUCGGCAUUGAGGCCUUAAAGGAAAAUCCCACCUUAACACAUCUCAAUACUAUUAACUCUAAAGGCUUGUUGGUGAUGUUCUCUGCAUUUUUCAAGUCUUUUUUUAGUAGUUAAGUGAGUGAUGUGUUCAUGACUGAUAACAGCAGAAAUCUGAAUACAUGUUGUAAUUCAGAACCAAAGACAAAGAAAUAGGCUGGCAUGAUUAUGUGUUUUUCUUAUUGCUAACAAAUCCUUUGAAAGGACAUCAAAGCUAUCAUCCCCCCUCGACUGUAAACCUUAAAAACCGACUAUGUCAGCCCCUUAGAAUGAGUAAAAGAUUCCUACUUUAAUGCAGAUAUUUUGACAGCUUUUCAAACUGUUUUUCAAUUUCACAUACAGAACAAAUCCAGUGUUGCUGGAGUUUCUCUUUAAAAUAUUCAGUCGUAUUUGCAUUAUGUAAUAUCUGGCCAAAAAUGUGAUUUGUAGGUGGCUAAAAUCUUUAACGCAAUCAAUUAAAGAAGAUUAUUUUUAAGUGUCAAACUGGCAUCUUUUGAUGUAUUUGGAGGGGCUUGAAUCAUUUUGGACCCCUGUUUCCGACCCCUUUUUAUUCCUGUCGAAGUCAAACACACAGUAUUAAAACAUCUCAUAAAUAUAUAAAUGAGUUUCUUUGUUUUUCUGAAACAGCUGCCCACUCUAGUUUUGUUUUUUUGCUUCUAAAAUGUUUUAUUUUUUAUGAACUAUUUCCAACAGCUGAUAAAUACAAACUGAGGGUCUCGGCGUCUUUGACUGGUAGCCUGUCAGGGUAGGAUUUACUUCCCUCCAUUGCACAUGUGCAUGGUAAUGAAGGAAAAUGUUAGCCAUCGCAACGAUGUGGCUCGGUGACGUUUAAGGAUUGGCAAUAUGUAAGGGAGGAUUGUAAAUAAAAAUUGAUUUUUCGUCAACAAUAAGCGAACUAUAGACUUAAUGUAGCUUUAUUAGUUCAACUUCAUUUGAUUUGUAUGGCGCCUAGCCAUAAUUAUUUGUUAUCUAAAGACACUUUACAAAAGAGCAGGUCCAGACAGGACUCUUUUUAUUUUCAGAGACAAAAUAUUAAUCCUAUCAAGGUCGGCAUCCAAAGAUAAUUCAAGAAAUCACAAGAAAUCAUCCAAAUCCAGGGGAGAAUUAAUUUAAGGUUAGAAGUCAAAUUGCACUUUUUCCUCACAGCAUGUGUCCUGAAAUGCAGCGAACAUCAUCAUCACCCAUGGCGGAUAUCUGAGAGUCUGAAGGGUGUGAUUUUACUUUGAGGUGACGGGAAGGUCGUUGCUUGAAAUGGGAUUUCCACUGCUGCUGGAGGCCAGAGGUCGUCUUUAGAUUAUGUACCGCACACUCUCUCUGACCUCUCAUUUCACAGCAGAGGCCAAGCGCCUGAACAAAGGCAGCCCUCCUCCACCUCCACAGCCUGUAUCUGUAUUAAUUUCCUCCUUCUCUGAGAUUCUGCUUUAAACAAAAAAAAAAAAAAAGGAACCAAAUCAAAAGUAUGACCUCUCUCUUUCUCUACGGCGUCAUGUGAGCAGGAAAAACAGGUAGUCCGAGUUUACUGAAUCAUACAUAUCUCCACCUAUUCUGUAUAUAAAAGGCUUCUCUCUUCCCCAGUGAAAAUGUUUGUUCUCCUCCCCAUCGAGCCUCGGUGUACCUGGAUUAGUUACCUGCCGUUUCUUCCCUCAUCUCUGCGUCUUCUUUUGCUGAUGUUAUAUUAAUGAGAACACAGCACAGCACUCUACAGCGGAGGCUUUACCUUAAGACAGAUGUUUUAUAUGCCAUAGCAGAUUUAUAAAAAAUAAAAUAAAAAAUAAAAAAAGACACUCAAUGUUUGUAAUAUAAGGGAGAGUGGGGUGCCAUGAAAGUGUUAUACACUUUUACGAGUGUAAAAAAAAAUCAAAAGAGACACACUGGUGUGGAAUAAUUCGUAGAUGCUAAUGUUGUUUUACUGUUCAUUUCGUUUUAUUUUGUUGAAAUUUUCAAAAUGACUUCUUGUUUGUGUUUUUUUAAGUGCUUAAAGUUUAACACCAUUUGAAUAUUUUCUUUGUCGUUUUCCUUUUUCACAGUAUUUUACUACUGGAAUCUAAUCACCACAAAAUAUCACACAUGUUUUUUUUUUUAAAUAUGGAAAGGGUGUUGCUAAGUUUCAAAAUAAAAUUAAAAAAAAAGGUCAAUAAAUGGUUUCUAAGUUUAAGAAAUGUUAAAGAGUAUAACUAUUAGGAGUCAGACUUUUGAGAAUUUUUUUUUUUUCUAACCAAAGUGCUUUGGAAGGAAGUCAUCAUGCUUUUGUAACGGAAUAAAGAAAUAAACCAUGAA